AUGAAUUGGUUGAGGAAUGACGCGGUGGGAGGCAACAUGAUGGCCUCAUUGUACAAUAUGGAAGACACGAGCAUAGGAAGCAGUGCGAAGACAUCGGGCGAAGGAUUAAAGACGGCUGCCACGUCCACAAGAAGCAGCAGAAUUAACGCGCCACACGCUGCGAACCACGUAUACCGCGUAGUACUGCCUUUCAAGGACGUUGAAUCGACUACCUCUACAUUUGCUGGUGGUCUACAGAAGCUUGGAGUCGAGAAAGGCGACCGUGUCGUGAUCUAUAUGCCAGCCGUGCAGGAAACAACGGUGGCGAUGCUUGAAUGUGCUUGCCUUGGUGCUGUGCAUUCGGUGGUGUUUAGUGGCUUUGCCACGUUCGAGCUAGCUGCACGCAUUGAAGAUGCAAAACCCAAGCUGAUCAUCUCAGCGAGUUGUGGUGUAGAGCUAAAGGGAGCUAUUGACUACGGACCACUGCUUAAUGGAGCGCUCGAGCGCUCGUCGUGGAAGCCAAGCACAGUCGUCAUGAUGCAACGUGAUCUCUGUCCAUUCUCAAUGACUAAAGGCCGUGAUGUCGACUGGAGAGAUGUGAUGGCCAUGGGGACUCCUGUUGAUGCAGUGCCAGUUCUUGCUACGGAUCUGCUCUACAUUUUGUACACGUUGGGCACAACGGGUCGUCCGAAGGGUGUCGUGCGAGAUAAUGGUGGCCACGCAGUUGCACUGAAGAGGGCGAUGCGCAAUGGCUUCGACAUCUCUCCAGACGACACAUUUUUUUUGCGGCCUCAGAUAUGGGUUGGACGCGCCUACUGCACUGCGAGCAAUUCGCAAGGACGAUCCGAGUGGCAUGCUGUUGAAAAGAAAAAAGGAAGAGAUUCGGAAGACGUUGAAACGAUGUUCGUAGCAGGUGAGCGAGGUGAUCCCAAGACAUUUAACUUUUUUUCGAAGGAGCUUGGUGUGCCUCUAAUCGACCACUGGUGGCAAACAGAGACUGGAUGGCCUAUCACUGCGCCGUGCGUUGGGAUGCAGACUGAUGAUGUAACCAAGGAUGGCCAACCGCGCAGCAAGGUGGGCUCUGUGGCUCGCCCUGGACCUGGGUGGGAUCUCCAGCUAAUGACUGUCGCCAAUGCCGGUUACGACGAGCACCAUAGAUUCAACCACGAAAACGAGAAGCAAGAUGGUGAGCUUGUGGUGAAACUGCCUCUACCUUCAGGCGCAUUGACCACACUGCACAACAAACCAGAUGACUCUUACAAGAAGUAUUUCGAGCGAUGCCCAGGCUACUACCACACCGGAGAUACCGGACACAUCGACGAAGAAGGUUUUGUAUAUGUUAUGUCACGAUCUGAUGACGUAAUCAACGUUGCGGGACAUCGUAUCACCACGGGAUCUAUCGAGGAAGUCAUCAUAAAUAUUCCCGAAGUCGUAGAGUGUGCAGCGUUUGGUGUCGCCGACUUGCUGAAAGGACAUCUUCCAGUUGCGCUAUUGGUGCUUGACAAAAAGAUUGAUCGACCGAAGAAAGAGAUCAUGAAUCAAGUGGUACGUGACGUGCGUGAGCAGAUGGGAAGAUUUGUGUGCUUAAAAGACAUCGGUCUGGUGCACGCGCUUCCCAAGACACGGUCCGGCAAGGUUAUGCGCGCAACUAUCAAGGCAGUUGCGGACUCAAACUUAUUUUGCGUACCGGCUACUAUUGACAACGCCGCUGUGCUGGAUGAUAUCUGCUUGGAGCGCCGGAAACUUGGCUACGCCAAGACGAAUUUCAUUGUUACUGGCAAGUAA